CGGGAAGUUUGAACAGACCGGCAUCCAUGCCCGGGAAAGAGAGGAUGGACGAUUCGGUUGCAAUUCUGUGUCAGAUAUCUCAGCUCAAGGACAUGCUUGAUAAGGUGAACGAGGAAAUCGAGGCUAACAUCAAGAUCACCAGAGAAAUCGAAUCGGAGAUUGUCAAGUGCUCCGAAGCCGAGGUCUCCCUGCUUGCCCAAGAAUCGGAGCUGAUGCAAAGAGCGUACAUGCAACAGUUCGAAAUCAAAGGCUUGAUGGCCGCCACUGCUGCUUCAAAAACCUCCCACAAAUCAUUAGAGGAAGAGUUAGGUUCUCUUAAAAGGAAGCAGGAUGAGAUACUGACCCGAAUGAACAUCCAACGGUUUUCCAAAGCUGUAAUAUUAUUGAUGAAAGCUGCGGUUUGUUCUUGAAGUUCAUAAUAUGAAAAUCCUAUGCGGUGUUCUCCACAAAUGAUGUUUCCAGAGUAGGCAAAAGGUAAUUAUUUGUUACUGUACAGAGAAAGGUUCCUGAAAUCAUGCAUGGAUUUUCAAAAAAACAUUAGCAAACAAGAGAAUGAUGAAAUUGGGGCUUUGAUCUUGAAGAAAGAGCUCCUACAAAGUGAAGUUCAUUCCUUAAACACAAGAAAUUCUGAUCUACAAAACUCAAUGGCUGCAUUUGUUGAAGAAAUUCUUGAAGAUCUCCAGAAUUCUAUUCAUGGUACUUUGUUAAUAUGCUACAAUAAUCUUUACUUUCCUUCCAUUUUUGGAAUAACAUAGAGCAGGUAGGUCAAUAUGUUGGGGGCAUGUACGUUACUGACACAGUUUUCUUUGGCUUAAAAACAGGUCAAUAUAUUUGUUUGUAUAGUUCCUUUUAUAUUUUUUUUAUGUUUAAUCACAGACUUUUUAAGUUAUUACUUAUUACUAAGGUUUACCAACAUUUGGUGCUACAUCACUACUAAAACAUAUGGUUUCCAUGUUCUAUGGCUUCUUUGUCCAUUCUAUAUCUCUAGAGAUUGACAUAAGAAUUCUAGAGAAUGAAAAAGAGAAAUUGAUGAAGGAUAUUGAUGAAUUGAAGAAGACAUUGAUUCAGCUAUGCCAAUGUGAUAAAUCUUACUAAGCUUUUUUCGCUUCUUAUUGUAUUGGCAUUUCUCUUAUAGUACAACCUCGGGCCCAGUUCCCAUUCACUUGCAAACAAUCUAGAUGUAGCAGAAGGGAAAAUUAUUUAGACAAUAAGAGAGCAGAAGUUCAAAGUAAACCCUAGGGAGUCUUGGGGUCCCUACAUAAUCCAAU